UUGAUGAUGGAGUGUGAUAUGGCGUUACUGCUGGCAGCAAACGCUGAUUUUCGAGUAUAAAUAUUGGACGCAAUCUUUGGUUUGACAUCAGAACACAUUUUGUGAUCAUAACAAACACAACAAAACAAAAACCCAAAAUUUUCAACAUGAAAACCUUUGUAGUACUUUUCGCUUUGGCCGCUGUUACUUUCGCCGCCCCACAAGCUCCAGUACAAUCGCAAAACCCAGAUGCUACCGCUGAAACUUUGAAGAGCGUCGCCGAUGUUGGCCCAGAAUCAUACAGCUGGGAAUACGAAACGUCAAAUCAAAUCAAAGCCAACGAAGCCGGUCAAUUGAAAGAUAUCGGAACUGAGAAAGGAAUCGCCGCUCAAGGCGCCUUUUCCUACACAGCUCCAGAUGGCACACCAAUUUCACUCUCUUAUGUUGCAGAUGAAAACGGUUUCCAACCACAAGGUGACCAUAUCCCAACUCCACCACCAGGUAUAUUGAUCAAUUGAUAAUUGGCCACGGCAUAUGAAUAA